CACAUGGUGUUUCUUUAGUGUUCACCUUCCCCUUUAGAACAGAAACUCCACGAGGGCAGAGAUUUUAUAUGCUUUGCUCAUUGUCACUGCCGAGUCACUCCAUAAAUUUAACUUGUGGAAUGAAUGAGUGAAUGCUCAUUUGAUCCGCAGUGUCUCAUGUGGCAGUCACUCCUGCAUGUGGCAGUCACUAGCACGAAAUGUGGCUAGUGAGACUGAAACACUGAAUUUUAAAUGAUAAUCUACAGAGCUACCUGUGGCUAAUGGCUACAGCCUCCUCUCUAAGGGGAUCUCCUGCACUUAGGCAAUUUCCUAGCUAUUCAAGUCUAUUCCGCCCCAAUAGGGGUUAAGAAAGUUGCUCAAGGUUGAGGCAGGGAAAGUAACUAAAUCACUUUAGCUGUUUCCCUCACCCUAGGGAACUGGGCUGCUGAGUUUUCUGGCUUGUCUCUGGGCAGGCAAGCUCGGGAAUGUGUGCCUUGCUUUGGGACAUUUGCAUUUUAAUUUCGCUGCAAACUUUGUUUCUUGGAUAACUGUGCUCACCAGGCCCUUAAAAACUUGCAGCUUUAUAAGAGCGCUGGCCCCGAGCCAGGGGAGUCUCCAGCUGCUGACUGACCCUGCCUGGAAAGUCAACUUGGAAGAGCCACAAAUGUCCUAAUCCUCUUCCAAACCGCCUAAGUAGGUUUAUCCAGUGACCUGUAAAACCAAAUUAGUAAAGGGACACUUUAAUUCCAGCUCGUUAGAGAGCUUCUAAAAUCGUUGAGAAAGCCAACACAGCAAAUUCUGCGCUGGGGGGCUGAGAAAUGCAUCCCAUUUUCAAAAGAAGAUGUCCUUGCUUUCUCGUGGUUUCUCUCACCCACGCAGUUCAACACACAGAAAACCUUCUCUGUGGCUUUCACAGGGAUCUCCAGGGAAGGUGGGAAGCCAUUCUUGAGAACGAGAAAAAUACGGUGGCCCAGCAAGGUCAACUAAUUUUCCCCAAGUUCUGCCACGUCCAGUCCCAGCUCUGGUCUCCUGACUCUGGCAGGGGGAACAUUUGCACUGUUCUUGUUCCUUACCCCAGGAGCUGGCCUAUUGCACAACCUCAGGAAACAGCCCCUAUGCAAUCCUGGCCCACAGAGCGGACAUGUUCUGGUUUUUAUUCAGCAGCUUUUUUAUGAAGUGUGUUUUCCUUUCCCAUCAUGUCAUCUGGAAGCAAUUCCUCCCAACAGCUGGAUUUGCUUUCACAAUUGGUAAACACCGCGAAUGGAAGGCCGGGGACGAUGCGGAGCUCCCCGGAGGAGCCUUGUCCCCACCCGCUUGGCUCGCGUUCUGAAGCUUAUCGCGGGUCCCUGCACAAGCCUCAUCAAAAUCGAGGGCGUCCUCCAGCAGGCGACCCACAUUGCAUUCCCCGCUUAAGAGGGUCAACGUGUUCUUCGGGGGAGAAAUUUUCUGAAUGCUUUGCAGAUAAAAUUGAUCAGAUGCAGGCCAGAUUGCCAGCUGCCGGGGCCGCGUGCGCCUGUGGAGGCCCCACUAGCGCGGGGCACCAGCGCCUCGGGGUCCGGGGGAGGCCUCUCUCUGCACCGCCGCCACCAAAGCCAGUAAGAGAGGGCAAAACCCCAAAGAGCACUGACUGGGCCGUCAAGGAAGAUGAAUGUCUCCCCAAAAGUGCUCCUCGGGGACAAGUUUCCACGCAGAUGCAACCGGGAACGCCGGCCAGGCUCCGGAAGGCGAGGCCCCAGAGCGCAGCGGCCUCCAAGCGCCGGCUCAGCCUGUCGCCUCCGCAGCCAGGGCCCAGGAGGCCGCUCUUCCGGGGUCACCAACACGGCUCGUUCUGAGCCUAGAGGCCCAGGGCACAGUGUGAGCCGGAAUACGGUGUAGGGGACACAGCUCAGGCCCCAGGCACUCCCUCCUGUCGCAGAAGAAAUGCUGUUCUUUGAUCAAUGUUUCUAAUGUGGGGAAACCAGCCGAGCACGUGGCUGAACUCUCGGAGGGAGCACGGGGUGCUGGUGAGCCCCCGCUCUGAUGCACAGAGACGCUGCUGGCCAGGCUGGGGUGGGCUGCAGAGGCUUCCUUCCAUGCACCACCAACCCUGUGGGCAGCCAGGGCCUAGCUCUCAUGAAGGGGCCUUCCCAGGGCAAAGUGGGCCUCUGACUGCAAUGUUCUCUGGGCAGAGAUAGGCAUCCUUCCCACUGCACAAACAAAAGGAGACCGUCAAGGGGAGAGGCUCACCAGAGGACCCUGGUGAGGGCGACGCCCAACUCCUCAGCACAAGUCUGUGCUUCUUCCAUGGAGCCCGUUUGCCUGGGCCCAGCGCGUGCGGAGUGCGUUCCUUCUCGCUCCCUCUGUCCUGUGGGCCCUCCUCUCUCUCCCUCCAGCCUGGUGGAAGCUUUAUUCUCGUCGGGGGCCAGAGGACAGAAACUACAUCAUACAUUUUCCCGUGCGUCAUGUUAUCUUGCCUGGAAUUUUGAAAAUCUGUGAGUUUCUGGUUUUUCCAUGGCAAGGCUCAUUCCUCCAGACCUUAGUCACACUGCUCUGGCUGCCUGGACUGCUAGGGAGGGGCCUCAGGGCGCACCUGGAGAAAUUCACUGGGGCCCAGGUCAGAGGGAUGGGUGGGUGAGAGCAACCCCUUCCUUAAUAGUUCAAAAUGGCCCUCUGGCUUAAAGAGACCGAAGCCACGUAACAACCAAAUGCAAUGUGUGGGCCCUGUUUGGAUCCUGAUUCAAACAAACCAACUGGAAGAGGAGAUUUGGGGAUAAUCAGGAAGAUUUGAAUUGGGACUGCGUAGCAGAAAAUAGCAAAGAAUUAUUGUUAAUUUUGAUAUGUGCGAUAAUGGUGUGGUAGUUAUAGAAGAAAACAUGCUUAUCUUUUAAAUGGUGUAUAUUAAAGUAUUUAAGGGUGAAA